AAUAGAGAGCAAGAGAGCGUGAAGCUGUUGGCACAGAGUAGUUUUUUGCUAGUUUGGCUUUCGGGAUUGAAACAGAGCAAAUAUAGAAACGAAGAAGAAAGAAAGAGAAGCAAAGAAAACAUGCCCUUAUAAAUUUUGUUUAUCCCAAAGGAAUAACUGGAGGAGAAACUGAUCUCUGGGAUGUGAAGGGUUUUUGUAUGAACCAAGAGAGAACCACAAGAAGGACCUGGAACCUGCAGCUACCUGUGACCCAGCAGCUCUGAGGUCAAGUGGCUUUGACCACUGCUUUAGGACCAACUCGCUGAUGCUUCACUGUCAGUUAAAGGAGGUUAUGAACCAAACCUAACGCAGACUUAUAAGAGAGACAUCUAAUUUGCCUUGCUUAAAAUUUUUUGCAACUACACGAAGUUUGGUGCAAAUAGCGCUGGUGGACACCUUUAGUCUGCAGCAUCAACGAACUCAGUUCAGCAACUUUUGAUAACAAACCUCAACAGCAAGCACCUUGCUUUGAGGAAGCCUCCACAGGACUGACCAAUAGCUACUGCAGCGAAGAUGACAUUUGCGAUGCUGCGCACAGCGCCUCCCGCAGGUCGCUUCUUGUACGGCGACAUCGCCCUCCUCUCUGAAGACGAAGACGAGAACGGCAGCGAGGGGUCGGGCUCCGAGGAUCGCACCACCAACUCCUCCAACUCGGCCGCCUUCCGCCUGUCCUCCUCGUCCCCAUCUGCCUUUCACAUCAAGGUGAACAGGAAGAGGAAGCUGUGCGCGGGCAUAGGGGGUGGAGGGGUAGUAGGCGUUGGGGGCAUGGUGGGGAGGCUGGGCCCCCCAGGCUCAUCUCCCCCUGGGGAAAUUCGUCAGAGGACCGCAGCCAACGCACGGGAGAGAGAUCGCACCAAUUCUGUCAACACGGCGUUCACAGCGCUGCGCACACUCAUCCCCACCGAGCCUGCAGACAGGAAGCUAUCAAAGAUCGAGACGCUACGUUUGGCCAGCAGCUACAUCAGCCAUCUGGGGAACGUGUUGCUUCUGGGCGAAGGGCUUCACGACGGACAGCCGUGCCACGCUCCCUCACCGCCGUUCUUCCACGUCAGCUCCUCCCCCGGCCGAGGAUCCGACCAAUCAGCUCAGCCCAAGCACAUCUGUACUUUCUGCCUCAGCAACCAGAGAAAAAUG